GCGCUCGACGCGGCGCUGAACUCAGGGGCGCUGGAGGGCCUAGAGGCGCGGCGGCAGCUGAACCGCCGCUGCCAGCCUCAGGCUCGCACGAGGCACGCGGGCCUCCUGAUGCAGCUGCUCAGCUGGGAUUUCAGCGGGGAGCUACUCACGAGGAUGGAGGCCUUCGAGCGCGAGAUCUCGAUCUACGAGGGCCAGACGGGCGAGCAGUUGAGCAACGCCAUCAAGAUCGGGAUCGCGCUGCAGAGGUUGUCAGAGAGCCCGCUGAAGCACCACAUGAUCUUGAACGCUGAGAGGCUCGAGCAGUGGGUCCAGUUCCGCGAGGAGAUCGCGAGCGUGCGCGGAGCCCAGGCAGCGGCGGCGGUGACCCCUGAAGGCUCGACGCCGAUGGGGCAAGGCUCGACGCCGAUGGGGCCCCGUGCUUUCGGGGGCAAAUCGGGAGGCAAGGGUGGCAAGAAGGAGCGCGGCCACGGCUACCCUCAGCCUCAGCAUUCAGUUGGCCCAUGCCGCAACUGCGGCCGCCAGGGGCGCGCCAAGAAGGACUGCUG